UCAUGCUGCUGCGCCAGGUCCAGAGUCUCUCAUGGGUCCCUGUACGGCCUCCCAUUGCUGCUGUCUCCAUCGCCACACUCUGCCAUGUGCCACUUUCAGGUCUCCUCACACUGCUGUGUGUUCAAUUUUUUUGUCAUAGGGUGCUGGCAGAUUACGGGCCUCCCAUAGCUGCUGCCAGGCCCCUAAUCUGCCAUGGGCCCCUGUACCGCCUCCCUCAUGCUGCUGCCAGGUCCAGAGUGUCUCAUGGGUCCCUGUACGGCCUCCUCAUUGCUGCUGUCUCCAUCGCCACACUCUGCCAUGUGCCACUUUCAGGUCUCCUCACACUGCUGGUGUGUUCAAUUUUUUGU